UUGUAUCAUUGUGAUCAUUAAAUUGACUGUUACGUAUGAUUAUUAAUUAGUGAGACGACAAUUAGAAUUAAAAUCAAUUUAAUUUGAGAACCGAAUUGAUUGUGAUGUUUUUAAUUGUCGUAAUUAGAUUCCUAUUGAUACCUGAUCAUUUUAAAUCAACUUCUUGCAAACUGAUUAAUUACAUUUCUCGCAAGUAAAUUAACAAUUAAUUCAUUGAUCAAAGUAAAUCUUGAUAAAACCUUUGAUUCUUAUGGCUUAAUCAUUAUGCUAAUCAACUGAUUGAUAUAAUUAUCUUAAUGAUUUAGAUUUUGUAACAUUAUUGUUAAUCUAUUAUGAUUAAAUACUUCGCAACAAUUAAGGAAAUAUAAUAAAUAACCUUUGAGACAGUUUCUUCAUCUUCAUCGCAUCAUCAGUAGCAAUUAAGUGUGUCAAUUUUAAUUGUCAUCAAGCUAAUUAACUGACCAUGGAUUCAUUUAUCAAGGGAUAUUUUUGUGAACUCAGUGAUGACAGUGACGAGAUCGUAAUUGCUGUUAAAUGUGACAAACUAAUUCACCAGGAAAACACUGGACUACAAGAGUUACUUAUCUUUCAAAAUAAGAUUUUCGGUCGUUGUAUGGCCUUAGAUGGAGCUAUACAGUUAACUGAGAAAGAUGAAUCUUCUUACCAAGAGAUGAUCACGUUUUUGGCCUUAAACUCGCACCCGAACCCUAAGAAGGUUCUGAUUGUCGGUGGUGGGGAUGGUGGUGUUAUCCGUGAGUGUUUGAAGCACCAUUGUGUUGAAGAGAUCACUUUAUGUGAGAUCGAUAAGCGAGUCGUUGAAAUGUCCAAGAAAUACCUUCCCUUUAUGUCCUCCUCUUUUGACUCUCCAAAAGUGACCGUUAAUAUCGGUGAUGGUCAUGGUUUUAUCAGGGAAAAUAAAAAUUUGUUUGAUAUCAUUAUCACCGAUUCAUCUGACCCUAAAGGACCCGCUCUCUCUUUUCAAAGGGAUUACUAUAAAUCUCUCCAUGAGUGUCUUAGAUCCGGUGGGAUUAUCUCAUGUCAGGCUGAGACAAUUUGGUAUGAUUUACCGUUGAUUAAGUCUCUUCAUUCAACCGCCUCCGAGUUUUUCAAAACUGUGGCUUAUGCAACUACUAUGGUGCCUUCUUACCCCUCCGGGCAAAUUGGUUUUCUUUUGGCCUGUAAGGACCAACGAAUCGACUUCAGUCUCCCAUUUCAUAAACUAUCGGAUGAACAAGUUGAUGAGAUGAAAUUGAAAUACUAUUCAACGGCCAUUCAUCAGGCCGCUUUCACAUUACCAACAUUUGUCCGAAAGGCUUUACAAUCAAAUGAAUCCAAUUGACCAAAGCUCAAUCAGGUAAUCAAUACAUUAGCAUGUAAUCAGAUCACGAUAAUUACUAUUAUGCGUCUUAAUUAUUCAAUCAAUUAGAUUAUAUAAAAUCUCAUCUAAUCAGUUAACCCAAUUAUGUUUAUCGACUAUUUUAUCAAUAAAUUGCAAGGACUUUCCGUCAUUAUUUGUCUA